AUGUUCCUUUUCUCCCGUAAGACCAAGACCCCCAUCAGCACCUACAGUGACUCCUACAGGGCUCCCACCUCCAUCAAGGAGGUCUAUAAGGACCCACCUCUGUGGGCCUGGGAGGCCAACAAGUUUGUGACCCCGGGCCUGACUCAGACCAUGGAGCGCUACGUGGACCACGAAGCCCUGCAGAAGAUGGUCAGAUGUGCUGUGCAGGACUACAGCUACAAAAAUACCAUACCAGGCCACCCCUACUUCCCUGAGAAGUACUGGCUCUCUCCAGAGGAAGCAGAAAAAUGCAAUCCAAACUAUCUGUAUGGUGACCGGUACGCCACAUGGAGGAUAGGACCUUACAAUAGCACUGGCUGGAACAAGUAUACCACCUGCCUGCCCCGACUGCCUAAGGACGCCGGGAUGGAGACGGUAGUUCGAGGAAUGCCUUUGCAGUACCCUCCUAAACCCGAGCGGCUGAACGCCUACGAGCGUGAGGUCGUGGUGAACAUGCUGAAUUCACUAUCACGGAACCAGCCGCUACCGCAGAUCACCCCCCGAUGCGGGUGCGUGGACCCGCUGCCGGGGCGCCUGCCUUUCCAGGGUUACGAAAGCCCUUGCUCGGGCCGUCACUACUGUUUGCGCGGGAUGGACUACUACGCCACCGGGGAGUCCUGCCUUCCACGUCAUCUGCCGCCUGGGUGCCACACGCAGCCGACUGUAAGGGCUGUAUCUCCUUACGAACACCGGUCCGGAAUGCAGUGUGCUGUUACAACUCCCCCGCCGUCGUACUACCCAUAUCCGAACCUUAGAUGGGACACAAGUCACUUCAAGAAGACUGGUGGUCUCUUGAGAAACAACUAUGUUGUCCAUCCUGAGUUUGUGUCUGAGACCUAUCCUGAGUACGGCUGCUGGUAG